AUGGCAAAAUCAGAAGUUGAAGGAACUAAUAAUAGUGGCGGAGGAAGUGGAUUAAAUAAUGAAAAGGCUGAAAAGAUCCCUCUCAAAUUAAUUUUAGUCAGUGGCCGAACUCAUGAAUUUAGAAAUUUUACCGCAGCCACAACUGCAGGAGAUCUUAUAAAUUAUGUUUUUGAAAAUUGGCCAGAAGAAUGGGAAGAGGAAAGAGUUACUAGUGCACAAAUGCUCAAGUUAAUAUAUCAUGGCCGGUUUAUUCAUGGAAGUGUUACGCUAGGAGCGUUGCAUUUACCUGCCGGCAACUCAACGGUUAUGCAUCUGGUAACUAGAGAAACACUGCCUGAGCCAAAUUCUAAUGGUUUGUUAUUUUAUUUUGAAAAUUAAUUUUUUGGGGGGAAUUUACUUGAUUUUUAGGGGGAUGAAUUGUCAUCUUUUUAAAAUUUUUGGGCCUGAAGCCGUUCAAAUUACCAGGGUGGAUAGAAGGGGAUUUUUUGCUUGUUUUUUAUUAACCUUGGGACUGUCUUUAAAAAAUUUUUUUGAGAAGGAAUUAAAAAAAAUUUUCUUGCGGACAAAA